AUAAUACACUACUUCCACGCGGGUGGAGCCGUGGUGUUGGGCUAGCUUAAACAUAUAUGUGUGGUUUGAUUAGGCCAGACAAUGAAUAUGGUGAUUCCAGAACCUAUAAUAAUCAGAUAUCACUGACCACCAUCCAUUCCAUUGACUAUUGUGAGUAUCAACUCUUGAGCCCAGUAGAAUAAUGAUAGAACAUAAUGCUCCCUAGUGAAUGAUAAAAAAUUCUGACAGCUGUUUAUGUUUAUCAGGGGCAAAUUUGUGAAUGUAUUCAUUUGUUCCUAGGUCCUUCAUAUCAUUAAACGUUUUGCUGACAAAGUUAACAUCGUCUUUCUGAUGAACGAGAUCUUCGCGAUUUUUCUCCCGAGAAUGACCGUUCGGUCGGUCAGUGUUCCUGAAAACAGUUUUACAAAAGCAUACUAUGCCUCGUCAGAAUCGCAGGCAGGUUCCUUCUGUUUGUUCUGAUACCAUUCUGCCUCAUUCUUCAACUUCAACCUCAGAUACUGAGUCUGAAGACAGCAGUAAUGGCGGAAGGGCACCUCGGCAACCGAUUUAUCAACGAAACGCAGCAAACGAACGAGAAAGGGCGCGUAUGAGAGUUCUUUCAAGGGCAUUUUGUCGUCUGAAAACCACGCUGCCUUGGGUACCAGCCGACACCAAACUCUCUAAGUUGGACACUCUUAGGUUGGCCACCAGCUACAUAGCUCACCUCAGAGCUGUACUCAUGGAUGGAAACCCUGAGGAGAUUGAACAGAAACAUCCACUUACAUUGACGUGGCCGUUCAGUUUCCAACGCGCUACCAUGACAAGCAGCGACGCAGCGGCGGCGGAUCCUCUGGACGACCCUGGCAUCUGCGGAGGAGGGGGUUCAAUCGCCGGCGGGGUGUCUCUCAUCUCGAUGGAACGGGAAGCCCAGAUGUCGUCUCUAGAACAUCACCACCUAAACCACAAACCGUCCUCCGUCUCCUAUUACUAUUAAUUUAUUGGAUGGAUAUGGAUUUGCAGGUUAUAGUCCGGUCGAUUUUGGUUUGGAAAUGAUUAGUGAUAGAUGUUUCGAAUGAUACGAUUUUAGAAUAUCCUAGUGUUUGAAAACUAAUGUUCGCUAGAAAAAAAAAACUUUUCAGUUUUCAUAUCGGGAUUCUUUUUUUAGAUAUUACGAGGUCUGUAAAUUAAGUAUGAGAAUUACCGUUUUUAAUUUAAAUAUAAUUACAAUUUUAUAUUGUCACCCUCAAAAUAACUUCCUUCUAAAGCCACACAGCGCUGGACACGGUUCUUCCACUCCUCAUAGCACUCCUGGAACUCCGAUACUGGAAUAGCCUUCAGCUGGUGGGUUACAGCCGUUUAAAUGUUUUCGACUGACCCAAAAUGAGUUCCCUUGAGAUGAUUUUUCAGCUUCAGGAAGAGAUAAAAGUCACAAGUUAAGUCAGGCGGCGAAUAAUGGGGCUGAGGAGCCACAGGAAUGUUUUCCCUGGCCAAAAUUCGUUUAUUGACACUGCUGUGUGACAAGGAGCGUUAUCGUGAUGCAACACCCAGUUGUUCUUGAUCUGAUGAACGGUGGUGCGAGUCAAAUUUAACUCUUCCCUAAUCAUUCUGACUGUCAACCGUCAACCUGUACGCACAAGAUCCCGGAUCCUGAACACUGAAGUGAGCCAGACAUUUACUGAUUUAACAUCCUGGUCUCCGUUUUUUUGUCGAUAAUAUUUUGGUACUUUUAAUUUUUUUUCAAUGAACCGGUAACCGCUUGACUGGCACCCAGUAUGUGUUUAAAAGUGAUUCAUAAUAGCCACUUCAACCAUAAUUCGACCGGACUAUAAUUGCGCACAUAUAGAUAUAGGGAAAUAAAUAAGCCUUGGCUUUACAAAUUGUCAGCAUAUAUAUUUUUAUUAGUCUUCUCACGCCUUUGUGUCAUCUAGAUCAUUAGGAAACUUAUUUAUUUGACUUGUAGUUUUAAGAAUCGGGUGUGUAGUUCCCUAUUUUCUUGACAGUGGAUUUGGAAUGACGAAUGUGGGGAAAGGUCCAUUUUCAGUAGCUGCGAUUUGUCACCAUAAAAUGAUCAAAUCUUCAGUAUCGAUAAAAUAACAGCUGAAAGACGUGACCGAUAGUUAUCCUACGUUUAUGCUGGCUCAAAAUAGUUUCUAGUCAGAGAACGUUCAGCUUUUCAGGUCACUCAAGGUAUACUACUUCCAACUACAAAUAUAUAUAUAUAUACAUAAAGAUUAAAAUUUUGUAUUUUUAUGGAUAAGUAGACAGAGUAAUACAUAUUUUUCCCUAUAAUGUCGUAUAGUCAAAGGUUGCUGCAAAGUAUACCUUGCUCAACAAAGCCUUAUAUUUUUCCUGUUGAUUUUUUUUACAUUUUGCCUGAAGUCAAUUGUGAUAAUAGAUCUUGCUUAGUCGAAAUAUACGUUGCAAUGUUUAUAAUUUUAAUAUAGUGGAUUAAUAAUAAUAAAUGUGCAUGUUAGCAGAAAACAAUUACUCACUCAAAUAUUUGUUUAGUAAUUAAUACGAUGAAUAUAAAAAACUCAAACAUAGGCUACCACAAAUCAUUUCCUCCACUCCACGGAAUAUAGUCCAUAGUAAUAUUUUUUUACCAUUUUGAUAUAUGAUUAACUAGGCAGUGAUAGAAUAAAUAUUGACUAGAUUAUUUGAUAUUUACUUACAUGACUAUGUCAACUGUUUUUCAAACUGAUUCUCUUAAGAGGCUAGCUUUUACUUCCCACUUCUACUGGCGAGGAAAUAUUGUAUGUAAUCGCGAAAAGUUUCGAACAUGAGAUGUUAUAUUUUUUCGAUAUUAUAUGUACAUUAUGAAAAACCAUGUCACUCAUUUUCCUCGGUUUGUUUGACUGCUAAUCAUUGUUUCAUCUAUAACUUGGAAGGUACCGCACGGGUAUUACGUAUCUUGAAAAGUGACAUUUUGACGUUUUUUUGACAAUUCGAAGGUUUUUUGUGACAACGUAGCGUUUUCUACAAGAUGUUAACUUAGCACAAACUGUUUUACACCUUUUGUGAACCCGUUUUGUAGCUGUACGAGUUGCUUAAAGGUCAGCGAAGAGCGAUCAUAGCGAGCAAACGUGGAAUUAACUAUUUGCACACUAAAAAUUACCUAGUCUGCAAGAUGACAUUUCUUCGACUUUUUGAAGUUUGUUUACAUAAUACCCCUGCCAGUCGGAUUUUGAUUAAAUUUUGACACAAGGUACUGCAAUGCCAAG